AUGGCUGGGUCCCUAUUAGUGAUUAUUAUGGUGCUGAACAAGGGGCAGUGUGUGACUCUGGUCAUGUCCCCACUCGUGCUGAACAAGGGACAGUGUGUGACUCUGUUCAUGUCCCCACUCGUGCUGAACAAGGGACAGUGUGUGACUCUGUUCGUGUCCCCACUCAUGCUGAACAAGGGACAGUGUUUGACUCUGUUUGUGUCCCCACUCGUGCUGAACAAGGGACUGUGUUUGACUCUGUUUGUGUCCCCACUAGUGCUGAACAAGGGACAGUGUGUGACUCUGUUCAUGUCCCCACUCGUGCUGAACAAGGGACAGUGUUUGACUCUGUUCAUGUCCCCACUCGUGCUGAACAAGGGACAGUGUGUGACUCUGUUUGUGUCCCCACUAUUGCUGAACAAGGGACAGUGUGUGACUCUGUUCAUGUCCCCACUAAGUCCUAUUAUGCUUGUGUCCCCACUAGUGCUGAACAAGGGGCAGUGUGUGACUCUGUUGGUGUCCCCACUCGUGCUGAACAAGGAACAGUGUGUGACUCUGUUCAUGUCCCCACUAAGUCCUAUUAUGCUUGUGUCCCCACUAGUGCUGAACAAGGGACAGUGUGUGACUAAGUACUACCGCUGGAUCCAAAGGAACAGCGGCUACAUCUGGAUCCAGUCCUGCGCGACCAUCGCCAUCAACAACAAGAACGCCAGCGACAAGAACAUCAUCUGGGUCAACUACGUCCUGAGCAACCGGGAGUGUAAGGACAUCCCGAUGGACGUGGCCCAGCUCCCAGACCUCCCACAGAAGGCCUCAGAGUCCUCGGAGAGCUCAGACUCGGACUCUGAGGCCAAGGACGUCUCUGACAACGACCACCCCAGGUCAGGUGGGAAGCCGGCCAGCCAACCAGAACGCACCGAGGAGGCCGGAGCCGACAGCAAACGCCUGCAGCAGACCGGCCAAUCACAGCCCCCCGUGGCACAGGAAGUGAGGCGUCAGGAAGAGGGCGACAGCUCCAGCAACGCGGAGAGCCAGGAGAGUGACGACAGCCUGGACGCCUCGGAUGGGGAGCUGGAGAUGGAGCAGGAGGACCAGGGAGGAGGAGGAGGAGGAGGAGGAGGAGGAGGAGCGCGGCUGGGGGGUCUGGAGGUGAUGGGCAGCCUGUUAGCCGGGGGGGGGCUCCAUAUCAAGGUGGAGCACUACGGGGAGGGGGACCAGCGCCUCCCCGCCCAGUCCUCCUCGUCUGAGGAAGAGGAGGAGGAGGAGGAGGAGGAGGAGGUGGGGGACGGGUGCCCCGACCUGACGGAGGAAGGGCUGAGCUCGCCGGGGGUCCGUCUGAUGAAGAAGAGGAAGAGGAGGAAAAAGCAGAGGUGGGACGAGACGCGCGGCCGCAGGCCCCGCCUCUCCUCCGCCACGCCCAGCCCCGUCGCUAUGGGCGACGCCACGCCAUUGGCGAGCCCACGGCGGGCUCCGCCUACCUCCUGUCCCCCCCGUCGGGCUCCCCGGGCAGCGGGGGGGGCGGCGGGCGGGGGCGGCGUGCUGAAGAUCAAGACGGAGAUGUCGGAGCCAAUCAACUUCGACAACGACAGCAGCAUCUGGAACUACCCCCCCAACCGGGAGAUCUCCCGUAACGAGCCCCCCUACAGCAUGCCCAAGCCGGCCCCGGACCCCUAUGCCUCCCCCCCGGGGCCCGCCCUGCAGGGGGUCCUCCCCGACUCCGUGCUCACCCCCCUGGGCGCCGAGGGCGGGGCCGGGAGGAAGCCCCCCUACAACGGCGGCUCGGCCCCUCCCGCCGCUGCCAGCUUAGCCCCUCCCUCUAGCUCCGCCUCCUCCUCCUCCUCGGACCCCCUGUCCCCGCCCCUCUCCUCCUCGCCCCGGGACAAGCAGCAGGCCACGCCCACCAGCUCCUCCUCCUCCUCCUCCUCCUCCUCCUCCUCCUCCUCCCUGCUGUACUCGGGGGGGCUGCAGGGGAACCUGGUGCUCCCGCUGGUCCACCGCGUGUCGGGGGUCUCGCUGACCGCCAGCAGCCCCGCCCCCUCCCGCGUCUACACCACCGGCACCAUCCGCUACGCCCCGGCCGAGGUCAGCCUGGGCGGGGCCCCGGGGGGCCUCCUGCCUAACGCCGCCUUCGUGGACGGGUCGGGCUUCGGCCUGGACCCCAAGACCCCCAUGGAGCUGCUGUACCACCACGUGCACCGGCUCAACAUGACGGCCGCCGCCUCCGUGGCCGCCGCCUCGGCCGCCGCCGGGCCCUUCGCCGGGGCCUCGCCCAACGCCGUCGCCACGGGCGCCAACGGGGGCGGGGGCCAGUUGCCCACGGCGACCAACGUGUUCAGCCCCGGGGAGGGGCUGUUCUCGGCGCUGCCGUUCCCCGUCUACGGCAACGGGAUCCACAGCUCGCAGAGUGCCCUGGAGAGGAAGGAGGACUAGAAGAGACCGCCGCACUGUGCUCCUCCACCCCCUCCAAUGGGAAGAGACCUGGGGACGACUGUGUCCAAUCGGAAGAGACCUGGGGACGACUGUGUCCAAUGGGAAGUGACUUGGGGACGACUGUGUCCAAUGGGAAGAGACUUGGGGACGACUGUGUCCAAUGGGAAGAGACUUGGUGACGUCAUCUCUGUGUUGGUCUGUUUCUGGAAGAGAUGAACUCAAGCACUUUGAAUCGGAGACUAUGACUCUUAAUUUCUCUCUCUCUCCUCCUCUCCCUCAUGCAUGUCACUCUCUCUAUCUACAUGUCUCUCUCUCUCUAGCACAUCUCUCUCUCUCUAACACAUCUCUCUCUCUCUCUCUCUCUCUCUCUCCCAAUCUCUCUCUCACAUGUCUCUCAAUCGAUCAAGUCUCUCUCUCUCUCUCUCUCUCUCUCUCUCUCUCCCUCCCUCUCUACCACGUCCCUCUCUCUAUCUCAUGUCUCUCUCUCUCUCUCUCUCUCUCUCUCUCUCUCUCUCUCUCCCUCCCUCUCUCUACCACGUCCCUCACUCUAUCUCAUGUCUCUCUCGCUCUCUUUCUUCAGCAAUGUGAUUUUUCUCUCAAAACAAACGAAAAAGACGACAGAAUCUGUGGCUCGUCUUCAGCUGAAGAAUCCGGUCUGAUCCAGUGGGCCGAGACCUCCAGUCCGGUCGGGUCCGGUCGGGUCCGGUCUGGGUCAGACCUCAUGCAGACCUUCACUGUGUACAGGGCAGGAGACAGAAGGGACUCCCGUCUGGAAGGACGCGUCUUGGGGGUUUAUUUAUCCACCACGUACACCUGACUUUUUUUUAUGAAAGAUUAAUCUUCUAGCUCAGACUUUACUUACAAAUCAAACAUGAAGAAAAGCAAUGAUCACCGGGCUCCGGCUGUGAUAGAAUGUUAGAAGAUCCUCGCUCAGCUGUCGCCCUCCAUACCCCUGUUCUCCUCCUCCUCCUGUCUCCUACUGUCUCCUCCUCUCUCCUCCUCCUCAUCUCUCCUCCUCCUCCUCUCUCCUCCAGCUCAUCUCUGCUCAUCUUGUCUCCUCCUAUGGUCUCCUUUAUUCUCCUGCUCCAAUAUUAACACCACCUCUCCUCUCCUCUCUCCUCUCCUCUCUCCUAUUCUCCCUCCUCUCCUCUCCUCUCCUCUCCUCUCCUCUCCUCUCCUCUCCUCUCCCCUCUCCUCUCUCCUCCCUCCUCUCUCCUCUCUCCUAUUCUCCCUCCUCUCCUCUCUCCUCUCCUCUCCUCUCCCUCCUCUCCUCUCUCCUCUCUCUUCUCUCGUUCUCCUCUCUCCUCAUGUUAGCCCACAGCUUGGGACAGGAUCAGUUUCUGGGGGUUUAGAGUAAUGUAUCAUACACCCCCCACCCCCACCCCCCUUCAGGAAAGUUAAGCCUCCAAUCACGUCUCCAUGUUCCCAUAGGCCCCGCCUCCUUCUCUGACAGGAUGAAUCAGAUUGGGCCCGGAGGGUCGCCGUGACAACACGGGAGAGCUGAUUGGAGGGUUGUGUUUUUUGUGUCGUCUUUUUCUAACUCGAUCACUUUGAUCCUCAGUGAGACUGAGGCUAAUUAGCUAGCGUCGCUAACUUGAAAAAUGAAUGUUGAAAACCUUGACCGGCUCCUGUUCUCUGACCUGUGCUCCUCCUCCUGCUCCUCCUCACUUCCUUCUUCACCUCCUUUUUCCUGAACCGGAAUCACCUCCAGAUGUUCCUGAUAAUCCGCUCUUCCUCGGUCAUCUCUAAGGACUCUAUGAUCACAUAUCAAUAAUCAAUAAGGAGAUUGUAAUAAACAUGUGCAUUUUCAAUCAGUCAAUGACACCAUUUAAGAACCUAGAUCUAGGUGUAGAUCUAGAAAUAUAUCUCUAUGACGGGUGGAGAGCAGGAAGUCCUUCCACGCCCACUGUGUACAUUUCCUUCUACCAAAAACAUGUUGACUGGUAACGUUUAAAGUUUGGUGUUCAAAGCACUGUGAAUCGUUUGUUUUCAAACUUUUAACCUUUUUUGGUAAAGAAAAAAAGAAAAGAAGUAAUAAUGAAGUUGCUCCGCCGAGGCAGCGCCCCCCGGGGGCCGUAACGUGACUGUGUUCGUGUUCCAUGGAAACUGUGUGUUGACUAUAUGCAGAAUAUACUGAGCUACUGUUGCUGUCUGCGUCUCUGUGUGCUCCUCCUCCCCCCGCUCCUCCCCCCGCCCCCUCCUCCCGCUCCGCCCUCGCUGCAGUCUUAGUGUAAAGUGGAGGUUUGUGGACUUGGUGUCGGUGGCCUUUUUAACGUAGAGUCCACCUCUUUUGCUGCUUCCUUCGUCUUUGUAGACUCUGUUUUUUACUCUUCUCUCGUCUCUCUCGUUGCUUUUAGCCGUUGUGUAGUCGAUACGACCUCUUGUCCUCUUUCUCGCGCUCUCUCCUUCUCUCAGAGAUGAAAACAUUCUUAUCUAGCUCAAAGGUUUACCGAGCCAUUUUGCCACUAAGGAAUUCUGGGAACUGUAGUUUUUGGUAAUGACGAAUAAUAAACCGAUAGCUAACACUAUUUACAUUCUAGACGUAAAAGAUGAAAAGCCAAACGUAGCAUUUUAGGUGUAGUCUUUCUUUUUGGGAACGCGAGUCACGAGCUGUGAAACUUCCCAGGGUUCCUUGGGCUGUUUGUGUGCAUUGGGUGUAUUUCAUUGGUUCUUUAAACUAGCAGACUAGUCCAGCAGGACCAAUAAUAUCUAGCAGUAGUUUACACGGGGAAACGAUCACAAAACAGCAUUUCAGGACAAACAAAGAUGAUUUUAAAGAUUUCUAAAGAAAUGAAAAUGAAAAAAAUAUUUCGCACUAUAAAUCUAUUUUUAUAUUUAUAGGUGUUUUGGAAAAUAACUGCAUGUUUACUGAGUUUGUUUCGUGCGUUCGGGGUCACCGGGUCACGGGGCGAUCCUCCCGUUUUUGUCGCGUUUUGCGUGUUUUUACCGUCCGCUCGUACGAAGGUCCUCCCACCCCGACGCUUCCGUCCAUCAGGAAACACGCGAGAACACCGACGCCGAGCCUACCGACGACAGAACCGACCACAGAACCGACCACAGAACCAACGACACCGACGACAGAACCGACCACAGAACCGACCACAGAACCGACCACAGAACCAACGACAACGACGACAGAACCGACUACAGAACCGACGACAGAACCGACUACACACCGAUGACAGAACCGACCACAGAACCGACAACAGAACCAACGACACCGACGACAGAACCGACUACAGAACCGACGACAGAACCGACAACAGAACCAACGACACCGACGACAGAACCGACUCCAGAACCGACUGCAGAACCGACGACACCGACGACAGAACCGACUACAGAACCGACGACAGAACCGACUGCAGAACCGACCACAGAACCGACGACACAGACGACAGAACCGACUACGGGAAUAACUACAGGACAGAAUACAGAACCGACUAGAGAACCCACAACAGAACCGAAUACAGAACCGACGACAGAACAGACGACAGAACCGACUCCGCAACCGACUACAGGACAGAAUACAGAACCGACUACAGAACCGACAACAGAACCGACUACAGAACAGAAUACAGAACCGACGACAGAACAGACCACUGAACCGACAACAGAACCGACUAAAAACAGUAACUACAGACGUAUCGUGUUUUAAGGGACCAGUGUGAUCCGGGCGGUUAAUCUGUUAAUCCCGGGGCUUCUCGAGCUGAGAUUAUCUACCUGGUGUAGAAAAGGAUGCGUCGGGUAUGACGGGACUGAAAAGGCCAGACCCUAUUGGUUGAAAACCAGGAAGUGUGGGGGGGGGGGGUGGGCAGGACCAGGAAAUACACCCACAUGUAACGGAAAUUAAACAGCCAAUCACGCGCUGUUUCAAUGUUCUUCUGUGUCUGUGUCUAAAAAUUAAAACUGGUGAUUUAAAAGUUGAAACCUUGAUCCCAGCUGCUGUCAAAAUGCAUAAUGCAUAGUGUUUAAGAAUUACAAAUAUGAAAAAUCACUUCAUUUACCUGUGAAGUCUGUGUGUGUGUUUUUAAUUCUUUAUUGUAAGAUGAUACAGAUUGUUUUAUGGAGACGUGACGGAAGGGAGUGUCUUGUUAUCAAUGUUAACAGUGUUCUAAAUACCAACAAAUUAAAAUAUUCAAAAAGAGAAAAACUAUGGCACAUUUCUACUUUUAUUUAAUUUGAUUUCCUCUCCGGGAAAACAUGACUAACUGAAGUUAACUGAGUGCCUGGCGUUUGGUUGUUUUCGUUUUCUUUAUCAUUUAAUACUUUAUCUUUAUAUUAAUCAAAUAAUAAAAACGUUAUUAUUAUUGAUAAUAUUCCUAUUAUUGUUAAUAGUAAUGAUACUAAUUAUUAUUCAAUGCAUCUCUUGGUUUAUUUGAGAACAAUGCUGCAAAUCACAAACUGUACAUACUUCAUUUUACUACAGGGUUUGUUUCUACGUUUCCUGGGUUUUCAUUGGCUCAGAGCAGCGUAGGGGGUUGUCUCUACCGCGGCUCUGACCAAUCAGGUGCCAUAUUCAUAAUAAAACUUCUCUCAAUCUA